AUGAGUACACCAUUUGGCAUUGAUUUCGGUAACUACUCGUCGGUCAUCGGCGUUGCUAGAAACAGAGGUAUUGACGUUGUGGUCAACGAGGUUUCGAACCGAGCCACCCCUUCGUUGGUUGGAUUCGGUGUUAAGAAUAGAUAUCUUGGAGAGGCCGCUCGAAGUAAUGAAAUUUCCAACUUGAAGAACACAGUUGGUUCUUUGAAGAGAAUUUUGGGCCGUAAGUCGGAUGAUCCAGCUCUUGAGAUCGAAAAGAAGUUUAUUACCAGUGAAUUGGUGGAUGUCGAGGGUUUGGCCGGUGUCAAGGUCCGUUUCCAAGGUGAACAAAAGACAUUCAACUCGAUUCAAUUGGCUGCUAUGUACUUGAACAAGUUGAAGCACAUUACCACCACUGAGAUCAAGGGUAAUGUCAGUGAUGUUGUCAUUGCUGUGCCAGUUUGGUACUCUGAGGUUCAACGUCGUGCUGCUGCUGAUGCUGCUAUCAUUGCUGGUUUGAACCCUGUUCGUAUUGUCAAUGAUUUGACCGCUGCUGCUGUUGGUUACGGUGUUUUCAAGAACUCGGAGUUGCCUGAGGAUAAGCCUCGUAACGUUGCCAUUGUCGACUUUGGUCACGCUUCAUACAGUGUUUCUAUUGCCGCAUUCAAGAAGGGUGAAUUGAAGAUUCUUGCUACUGCUUAUAACAGAGACUUUGGUGGCCGUGAUGUGGAUUUGGCCAUUGCCAACCACUUUGGCAAGAUCUUCCAAGAAAAGUACAAGAUUGAUAUCCACAGCAAUCCCAAGGCUUUCUCAAGAGUCUUGACUCAAGCUGAGCGUCUUAAGAAGAUCUUGUCUGCCAACACAUCAGCUCCUUUCAACAUCGAGUCUCUUAUGAACGAUAUCGAUGUUUCUGCCAGUAUGACUCGUGAGGAGUUGGAGGAGUACAUUCAACCAUUCUUGGCCCAAAUCCCCGAGCCUAUCGAGAGAGCUUUGAAGGAUGCCAAGUUGACUCCUGCCGAUUUGGACUCUAUUGAGGUCAUCGGUGGUUCUUCUCGUAUCCCCUCUGUUAAAGAGAAACUUGUUGAAGUUUUCGGCGGCAAGUCUCUUUCCUUCACUCUUAACCAAGACGAAGCUGUUGCUCGUGGUGCUGCUUUCAUCUGUGCCAUCCACUCUCCUACUGUUCGUGUCCGUCCUUUCAAGUUCGAGGACCUUAAUAUCUACUCUGUCACUUACUCUUGGGAGAAGGUCGAGGGUGAGGAUGUCAACGAGCUCGAAGUUUUCCCUGCUGGAGGCUGGUUCCCCAACUCAAAGGUCAUUACUCUUUUCAGAACUGCUGAUUUCGACCUCGAGGCCCGUUAUACUCACCCCGAGACCCUUGAGAAGGGUAUCAAUGCUUGGAUCGGUAAGUGGGCUGUUAAGGGAGUCAAGCCCAGUGAGAAUGGUGAAGCUGUUGCCGUCAAGGUUAAGCUUAGACAAGAUCCUUCUGGAUUCUAUACUGUUGAAUCUGCUUACACUGCUGAAGAGCGUACUGUUGAGGAGGAGAUUCCUUUUGAGGGUGAGCUCAAGGAGGGUGAGGAGGCCCCUGAACCUCAAUACAAGACUGUUAAGAAGUGGUUCAAGAAGGACGAUCUUACCAUUGUCCACACUCACACCGGUCUUGACGAUGCUGCUCAAGCCAAGCUUUUAGAAAUCGAGAGCCAAUUGACCUCUGAAGACAAGCUCGUUGCUGAUACUGAGGACCGCAAGAACGCUCUUGAGGAGUAUAUUUAUGAUAUCAGAGGCAAGAUCGAUGAUCUUUACAAGGACUUUGCCAGCGAUGAUGAAAAGGCCAGACUUCGUGAAAAGGCCGAUGCCGCUGAGGAGUGGUUGUAUGGUGAUGGUGACGAUGCCACCAAGGCUCAAUACAUUGCCAAGUACGAGGAGCUCGCUUCUAUUGGUAAUGUCAUCCGUGGCAGAUACCUCAGCAAGAUCGAGGAGGAGAGACAAGCCAAGCAAGCUGCUCAAGAGGCUGAGAAGCAAAGAAUCAUGGCCGAGAAGCUGCAAGCUCAAAAGGCUGCUCAAGCUGCUGCUCAAGCCGAGGCUGCUGCCAAGGCUGCUGAAGAGGCCGGCUCUCAAGACGCUGACGGUGAUGUCUCAAUCGAAAACUAA